CAGUCGUGAAGGUUGGACAACUACAGUUGGCUGAAUCCCGCUGGGAAGGUCACCCCAACCAGUGAUGUCACAACCAAUCACAGUCAUGUGACUUUUUAGCAACUUAAACCCUUAUUUUUUAUGCUUUUUGGCACAAUUUAUUUAAAAUAUCAUUAUCAUAGUGAAUUUAAGCAUUUUCUUUACCCAUUGACCUGCCAUCUUAGGAAAAAAUUCUGGCCGUCAACUCGUCCAUUACCUUUAUUUUUCUUAUAUUGUUUUCAUCCAACACAAUCUCUCAAACAUUAUGGAGAGAUUAAUUGAAAGCAAGCCUAUCAGUGGCCAAGAGGAUAAAUAAAAGUAACCAGAGCACAAAAUUUUUCCUGAAAUUACUGUGGCACAAAUUUUUCAGGUGAUUUCAGAUGGCAUCUGCACAAGCAGGAAAACAAGAAUAAGAAAGUUGUAAUUCCUCCACUAUUUUACUGAUAUGCAAGAGUUGACCGAGAAUGAGAUGUGUGAUGGAGCUCUGCCUGGUGACGACACUCAGGAGUGUCUAGCAAUGAAGCUAGGAAAUGAAGCUUCCAGCAAUACGUCAAUUUUCUCGACAGAGCCCAAAGUUAACUCCAAGGAUACAGACAGAUUAUUGCACUAUCAAGUUGUACUUGAAGAAGAGACUGCAGACACAAUCCUCAUGAAAGAUUGGCUGAUCAUAGAAUCCAGCUCGAGUGAAGAUGAUGAGCCAGUUAAUGAUGGACCUGUUUUACAAGAAUCCUUUCCCAAGACAGCAGCUCCAUCCAGAACACCUAGCACUGGCCUAGUGCAGGUAUCACCAACUUCAGCUACCAAUGAAGCUAUCAAAACAGAGAAGAGUAACUUUCCUGCUCAGUCUAAUGCACUUGAACUAUCAGUAAAUUCAUCCUCUCUAUCUGCCUUUGAUGAAACUGAAAAUAUAAGGAUUCCAGCUUCAAGUGUUGCUUCACCAGUAACUACAAAAUCAAACGAUACAGAAUGUAAUGAUCUUGAAGCAGAGACAGAUGAUUCCAGCAGCUGCCCAAUUGUAGCCUCAAAGGAAACAAAUGAUAAUGUAUCAGGUGCAGUAGUAAAGGCACAAGAGGUUGAUGUUACACUGAAACCUGACACCAUUGUCUCUAAACCACGCAAUACAGUGCCAAACAAAAUGUUAUCCCCUACAGAGUCUGUUAUUGAUAUUUCAACUACUGAUGAGGAUGUGAUUAUUGUUUCUGAUGAUGAAGAUAAUGAUGUCAUUUUUGUUGAGUCUCAAACUGAUAACCGUGUGCGUGUUGUUGAUGAAAUGAAAUCUAGGUUUCCAGCAUACAAAAGAUUGUACUUGAGAAACCUUCCACCUCCUGAUGUCUUGCCAGAUGACCUCGUGAGUGAACUCCUCUCUGCCUGUGGUACAUCUUUGUUGUGGCAGCGGUCUCAGGAUGAUAAAAGAAGCGGCUACGGAGUGUGUUAUAUGGAAACAACAGAGGCAGCAGUACAAGUGGUGCAUGUGUUACAUGACUCCAUUAUUAACAAGCAUAGAAUUCAGGUCCUUCCUGACUCCCACACUUGCCCAUCUCACUCUUCUGAUUGUGCGGACGUCCCAAUUUCAUCUAACUUACACGACUCCAGUAGUGGUUAUGACAUGUCCUUAAAUUCAGUGUCCAUCAAGACUGUCACUGACAUCUGCAAAUCAAGAAACAUAGAUUUCACUCCUCCCGUCUACUUAUCUCAACCAAGUGAGACUACUUCAAUGUGUGAAGAACACCAUACACAACAACAAAGUCAUGGAUCAGCAGAUAUAACUUGUUUAACAUCAGCUAAGGAAGAUCUAUCUCAAGAAAGAGAGACUUCACAAAAUAUGGUAAGAGAAAUUUCACAUCAUUCGAACAAAACAGAAACUAGGAAAAGUUCUAUGGAAAAUAUAAAUCCAAUGGAACUAGCAGUGCAUCAAUCACCAACAGAAAAUUUGUCAGUGCAGAGAACACCUUCUACUAUAGGACAAAAAUCCCAACACACAACACCUGUAAUAGAAGAAACAUUAUCUGCCACCUCCUUAGAACAACAUUCUCCUCUGAAGUUUGUUUUGAUAAAAAAUUCAGAAGGAAAAUUUUCAAUGAAAGAAGCAAAAGAAAUUACAAAUGCAGGACGAAGAAUAGAAGGUACAAUAUCUUCUAAACAACAGACAGCAGAUGACACAUCUACUGUACAGGAAAUUCCAACUUUGAAGAUGAAAAAGCAACAAUCACAGGAUGGGAAAUUUACAAUAAAAAGUAAGAAAAAAGAAAAGGUUGAAAAGAUGCACAGUAAAAAAUAUGCAGCAAAGCACAUACCAAGUGUAAAGGUGAAAAUUAAACCAAGUCAACAUAAAAAAUUGACACAAAUUGUCCCUUUGUGUAGACAAAAAUUUUCUUUCAAACACACACAGCACUGUAUCCCAACUACAAAAGCUGCCCCGGCAGACUCAACAGCUUCUGAAGUUGCAUUUCAAGAAUCACCAUCUGUGAAGACCGCAAUUCAAGAAUCACACGUGGAUAACUCUACACCACCACCUAAAACAAAUGCAGGAGUAACCCAGUUGCUACCUCAAACCAAGACACCCCAGCCCAUAGAUAUUCCAGUGACACAGACAUCAUCUGUUUUGGUACCAUUAAGUCAUGCAUUGCUAACCAAGGAUUCCAGAAGUCAUGUUUUGCCAAGUAAAGGCUCAACCAAUAAUACAACACCAGUAAAAGCUCCAGCUACUAAUGAAUUGCAAUUUAAAGCUUCGGGUGUAAAUAAAUCACCAAUUAAUUUUCUAGACAAUCAUCUAGAUCAGACACAUGUUCAAAAUAUAUCACAAAGUAUGGUACCUGUACAUUCAACUUCUUCAAUCACAGUAUCAAAAGUACCAAGACACCAGGAGUUAUCAACAGAUCAUCAACAAGAUGUUCCAUUUACUGAAACUAGGAUACAAGAAAACAUAACCACAGAAGAUAUGGAUGAUGAUAAUGAGUGUGAUGCUCCUUCAAAUAGAAAACAGGUUAUUUUUGUUGAGAAUAAAAGCAGGCACAGACAAAAGGAUAUUUUCGAAGAUAGUAGUGAAAGUUACCCCCCUUCAUUCACUGCUAACAUUGAUAUUGUGAACACAGAGACAACUAACAAAGAUACUUCAAAACAACAAAAAGUAACUGAACUGGUAUUGUCUAAACCUUCAACAUCAUUAGAGGUAACGUCCUUCAGAGUUGUGGGCAACACUGUAAUGACAAGUGGCCUUGAUGAAAGUGUGGCAAAAACAGUUCCUGAGAAUCUUGGUUCUUGUUGCGAGUCAAGAAACAAGCAGCUGGAGCUGCAGGAGAACACUUCAGUAGUAAAAAGAUCACGAGUAAAUUCUGGAGGUGACUAUGCGAGUGUUCUAGUCUAUCCAUCUCCAGACUCUACUGUUUCUGAUGGUGUAAUCAGUGGAGGAGGAAAACAUAUGAGAUUGUGGACACCAUCACCUUCAAAACAUAUUUAUUCAGAGUCUGUGAAAGUCGAAGGUCAAAGUGGACAAAUUAAAGAUGGUGACGAAUGUGAUAAAAAGCCGUUUGUUAUUGAAGUUAUGGAAUUUUUAGUGAGAAAAGUAAUCCAUGUGUUGGGGAAUCUAGGUUCCAUAGUAGAAGGGUUGUUUAUUAAAUUAACAAUUGACAUCACAAAUGGUAAAGAUCCCCUUGCAGUUUUCCUGGACACAGACAAUAUUAUUCUACUGGAACUCGUAAUUCAAACAUUUUCCUCAGAAAUCCAAAAGAAUGUAUUUCCACCAGAAAUCAUGCUCCUAGUUCAGAAAGCACAUGAAAUGACCAAACAACUUCUGAAAUUAGUGUGUGAGAAAAAACAAAAUAAAUAUUUGGGACUUGAUAUAGACACUGUUGCUAGAGCUAGUGUUGGUAAAUCUGCAGAAGAUACUUUAACCUUUAUUCGGCAAAUGCUAAAAUAUGAAGGACAUAUGGAAAUUAAAGAUACAGAUAUUAAAAAUAUAUUCAUGGCUGUCACUGCAAAGCAUUGUGAACUGGCAUUAAAAUGCAUGGCAUCAAACUCAUCUGAGCAUAAUCAUUUGGGGGAAUUAUCUGGUGAUGGUGUUCUGUCUUCAGAAUUACAUCCCCCAAAAAAUUUAAAAUUAAUAUGCACUCCAGAGAAAACACAGAAGGAAACAUGCAAAGAAACCUCCAAUCCAGUUGAUAAUUCUACACCCAGAGAGACUUUAGGAGGAGAGACAAAUGCAGCUUUAGCUACACUCUUAUCUAUGCUCCCAUGUGCAAAAAAAGACGAUGAACCUCGGAAAGCAGUAGAUCUUUCUCAGCCUUUAUCUCUGAAAAAAGGCAGAGAUCCUAACUUGAAUCAGUCGAACAAUAGAGAUAUUGAUGCAUCAACACAUACUGGUCAAAAGCGUUUUUCAUCAAUCCCUGGUCAGUAUGGUGGAAUACCUGAACUCCGAAGAAAUAAUCCAGCAAUAGAGGAAACAAGACAAAAUAGAUAUAAUCUUAGUGAUGACCUUGACCAUUUUCAGAAUCCUCCAACAGUAGAACAUACAAGAAUGCCAUUGUCAGCAAGCAAUUCUGAUAAUUGGUCUUUUGGAAAGUUUAUUCAAACUAAUGCCGAGUUUACAAGGGAUAUCUUGUCAUCAACUAGCACAGAAAAGAGGGUACAAAGAAGCCCUUUGCAUAAACAGGUGUUGGAAAGAAACAGGAACUCUGAAAAAGUUUCCAGCAAUAUUGAUGAUUUUCUCAGUCAUAUGAGAAAAUGUACUGAAAAAGAUCAGAAUUGGAAAAUGUGGCCUCCUGCAGAGAGAUCGUUCAUAUUACCGGUACCUCAUGAAACGAUGGUUAGAGGCAAACAAAUAUCAGUUAAGGAAAGAGAUCAUAGAUACCAAAAAAUGGCAGUUAAUCAUGGAGAUUCAGAACCAGGUACUUCUGGAGUAUUUCAAAGUGUGAGUACAAGAGUAGCUGAACAAACAGGCGAAGGAGGAGUUAAGAAGAACGCAAAUAGAAGUUGGAGUACCCCAAACAAUAUUGUGCACUCUAAUCACUCUUUCCUUGAUCAUGCUUGUUCAUCUAGAUGUAAGCAUUCAGAAUAUUAUGACAAUCAUGAACAGCCAGAAAAUUUAUUAUGCCACAAAAAUAACUUGAACAGUACACACAUUUCACACAGACAAAAUCUGAAAAAUGGAAAAAACUUACCUAUGGAUAGAUAUUUGCAUCAGGAUCAUAAUAUAAAUAAUGAAUCCAAUAGUACAAGUGAAAAGUUGCCAACGUGUAAAUCAGGUGCAUCGGUUUUUUCAAAAGCACAGCAACCAAUUGCUGGAGGUUCCAGAGGAUGUGACCUGCAGGAUUUAGAACUUGAGGACCUAGCUGCCCUCAUGUUGAACUUUGAUGCCCUAAGUGCAAAAGAGAAACACAUGCUGAUGAAACUUCUGGAUGAUCUAAAGAGAAGAUCACCUGAGACUCACAGUAUUUUAUGUAAGAUGAUCAUUAAGUAACAGUUUGAGUAACAAGUCCUUCAAAUGUCUUCCUGCGGAGUAAAAGAUUGUAUAAGGAUACUCUUCUGGUAGUUUCUAUAGUAUAUAUAUGUACUGUGAUAAGGUGUUUUAUUUUCAUACGUACACUAAAAAAAUAUCUUUAAUGAGGGGUCCAAUGAAUUUUGAACUGAACAUUUUACACGCAAGGCUAUCAAUGCGAGGUAUGACUCCUUGGCCUUUAUCAAAACCUUCAUUCAGUGUUAUUUUGUUUCGUACAAGAAUUGUGUAGAUAUAUUUAUUUUUACCAAGUGUACCUAAAAAUUUUAUUGUACUAGUUAUUGUAAGAAAAAAAUUCUAACUUUGACUAAACAGUACAGGAUAGUGGGUCAGGAAAUGGCUGUGAACAUUUAUAAAUACCAUAGAAGACCUGGCCCAAGUCUGUCCUGGAAGUACUGUAUUAUAGUAUUUAUAGUUGAAAAUAUAUACCCGUACAUACAGUACCCAAAUUCACUGUUGGAAAAAUGAAGGCAGUCAACCACAUUGGUGGCCAUAUUACCUCAUUGUCUUUCAAAGGCUUAGUAUAAAAUAUGCUGUACAGUAUUGUCAUUAUCCCUAAUGGUCCGUGAGGCCUUUGGAACUCCUUUUCUCUUUCAUUGCACAGAACAAUUGGUAUAGAGCAUUUCCGGGAAUGAGAGAUUUCCGGGUAGCAAGACAACUCUCAAAGCCAGGAAAAAAAUCCCUCGCCCUCAAAAUUUACGGAAAUGGGGACUGAUUUUCAUUUCUAACCCGGUAAAAAAAACUCCCCCUCCCCAUCUCCGGAAUUUUCCGGAUAUUGGGGAAAUUUUCUUAUUUUCCAGAAAAUGUGCCCCUCGGAAAAUUGUUCCCAAAGCCGGGAAUUUUCUUUGGGGAUGAUUUUCCGAGAAAAUUUCAAUUCCGGCUAUCGGACAGUUUCAGUUAAGAGGAUUUCUGGCUAACGGAGAUAUUACUGUAUUCACUUGUUACGGAUUCUCAGUGCACUGUCUGUAUGUUGUCACCCAUGUACACUCUUCCUAUGUUUGUUUUAACUGCCCAAUGAAAAAAUUGUAGCUCUAUUCAUUGCUAUGUAUGGAACUUCAUUUCCAGUUUCAUGUUUUCUUGGUAUUUAUGCCACACCAUAUGUACCCUAACACCACAUUCAUAAAAUUCAUCUGAUGCAAGGCAUCUUCAUCUACUAAUUCUUACAUGUCACCUUUACAUUUUAUUAGAUUACACAUAACACUCGCUUACGCAAAAAGUUAAAAAAAUCUCGUAACCAUGACAGAAGUCACAUGGGACCACUCGUGAGGUCUGGUCACGUUUGAUCUGUGGCCAAUUUAUCCCACAAGAUAUUUUUCUUUUUACAUGAUUUAUGCAUUACAGGCUUCUUUACUGUUUGGGCUUUAAUAUAAGUUGAAAAAAAAAAGACUACAGUACAGGUAUACAUUUUAGCUCCAAAUAAAGAAAUAAAAUAUAUAUCGGAUAUUCCUCACAAACCUAUCAAGUUACGUACAGUAUUAAUGAGCUUUCCAAUGGUGGGUUUGGAAUUAUGAUAUGACUAAUUGUGGAAAGGGUGGGAGAGGAAAUAAGGGGAGAAAUACACCCUACCAGCAUGGCUGAUGGGAGGAAACUGAUGGAUUGAGGAACUCCACCUACGCUUUGGUACUUAAUAAUAAUAAUAGAUAUUCAGUAGAGUUCUUAUGCCAGCACCAUCUUUUUGGAAGCUACCUUUGCAAGAUCAUGCAAUCACUUAUGACAUACAAAAAUUUUACACAAUUGUCUACUGGGCAAUUUUUUUUUUUGGGGGGGCACGUAUUUAAAUGUUAAUGAUGAAAUUUGUGUCACCAACACAAAUUGUGCUACCUAAUGAUUUGCAUCAUGAUGCAUGAGAGUUAGACCAGACUGCUCAAUUCAACCAUCCUCUCUUCAUGUGCCAACUCCAUUUCUGUCAUGCAUUUUUUAUUCCCUUUUGCAUGCCGAUACAGUACAGUAUAUACAGUAUGAUACCCAGGAAACAUUGAAAAUUUUUGCCCCUUUAUCUGUCCAUUUUAAACACAUUUCACAAAGACCAGUAACAAUUCACUAACAUACCUGGAAAAUAUAACUCUCUAAUACUGUACUGCACAAUUAGGAGGAUCAACUGUUAAUUAGCUACCCUAUUUUAUUUUACCUUUAGAAACCAUCCUAAUACUAACCUAACCUCUUCAGGUAACCUGUAUUCCUCCUUUAGUGAGUCUUGGCACUGCACAUUAUUAGGGACCCAUCAUGCUUUACUAUAAACAGAUGAACUGUACAGGUAAUUCUCCCUAUAUACAGUAUACACAUAUUCUUCCUUCAUUACAAAUAACUUGUUAACCCAUUAGAAGGCAAUUUAUCCCUCAGGUAUUUUAUUCUGGCUAAUGCCAGACAAAUUUUUUCAGCUGAGAGAAACCUUUGCUCCCUAUAGGGUUAAAACCUAUCUCAAUUAACAAAACCAAUGGCCCCUCAACUACUCUUGCCCACCCAUCAUCCAAGUCUAAAAAUGUAAGCAUGAACUCCCACUGCUCCCCUGUUGGGUUCUGUAAUGCUUUGCCUUCCACAGGAUGUAAGAACAUGCCCAAGAAACUAGCCCUUGUGCUGUAUGUGGGUGAAUCUGAAGAAGUUAGGUUAGUGACAGGGUGGAUAAUCUUAAGAUGAAAUAAGCUAGAAGUAUAUAAUCUUCAAGCAAUCCAAUACAAUCCCCAGGAAGUGUAUGAUGCUCCAACACAAGUACAGUUAGCUAUAUAUACUGUACACAUGUUGAGGUCUUGACCACCAAGAUCACAUGUAACCAUAGUAAAGUACAGUACAGCACUUAUGAAUACGCAGCACAAUUUUGAAAUAGUUUUGAAUAAAAUCGAAAGUAACCAAAACUCUCUCAAUCUGUAUUAUCAUUAUGAAUCAUGACAAUACAGUACCUAUAUUCAGUACAGUAUUGUUCUUUUUGUUCCUAGAUUGAAAACUUGGUGAUGACUUUAUAUUUUUUUUUUUAGGUUUAUAACCCCUGGUGUACAGACUCCUCCACAUUGUGAACAAAAUCGUUUGGCAUUAACCAAAUAAAUUUUUAAGUGGCAUGACCAUAGUGAAGGGGUUAAAGACAAAUGAUUGUAAUGUUUAUCAUCAUCUCAAAUAUUAUUAUUGUACUGUUGUUACAUUAUCAAAUGCUCUUUUGUUUAAAAGAGAAAUUUGUAUUGUUUUUAAUAAAUUUAUUUAGAAGCC